AUGGCUCAUGCUGAAGAAUUAUGGUCUGAAGCCUCUACUUCUAAACAAGAAGUCCUUUUUCACCAACACCUGGCCGAGCAGAGAUUUGAAGAACUUCAUUGGAUUGUACGGGAGGGUAUAUCUUCUUCGGUUCCAUAUGUGUUGAACUCAGAAGAGUUUAGCACGAUGAAUGCUACGCUUCAAUCUGCCGCCAUUGAACUUGGUCUACUCCGAGAUUUCCUUCAGAUGAAGAUAAAAUACUCAGUGGAGUUUGAUGGAAAAGAAGUUUUGUACUCCUAUCCAAAUGUCGAGGAUGAUAUACUACAACGCUUCUUUUAUCUUACCAAUUAUGACUAUCUUUUCUUAAAGAUGCAAAAUACUGGUAGUAUGGACGCGGGUUUAUUGAAGAAGCAUUUGGAGGAUUCUGACUUAACUACCGAUGAUGAUUAA